CGCGCCGAUUAGCUGCCCUGGCCUGGCCUUGGAGACGUCGGCUCUCCGGCUCGGGCUCGUGCUCGGGCCCGUGCCCGUGCCGGUGCCCGUGCCUCGCGCUCCUGUGGGCGGUUGGACAGUUCCAGAACACAACGGGCGAAAGGCGUCGCACUCUUCCGAGAGGGACAUGGCCAGUGAGACACACGUAGACCAGGAGGCCGACGUUAAACUAGGCGAUAAAAGCAGAGGGGAAUGCAGUGGAUCCGCUUCUCUCCGCCCGCUGACCUCAUCUCCUCGGUCGGUGAAAGCGGCACAAGAGGAGGUGAAGCGCUGCCCAGAGGAGUCGGAGGAAGCUGAAGAAGCGCGUGUCCUGCCACCCGUUUACGUGUCGUCCGUCAAAUUCACCCCAGAGAGCAGGAUGAACCUUUACUGCGAUCAGAUUUUAGUUUCUUGUAAGGCAGAAGACGCAGAUGAAGCUAUGAACAAGUACCUCACUGAAAAACUACAUGCAAGAAGUACAUGGUUAGGAGUAUGGAAAACAAAUCCUGAAUUUUUCUUUGUAAAGUAUGAUGAAGGAUCUAUACCAUAUGUUGGUGUUUUAGUUGAGGCUAUAUGCAAGCCACAACAGAGCCAAAGUUCUCAUCUUCGAGCUACAGUAUCCGUUUUAGAACCAUAUUCAUCUAAUGUUGCUAAUUUACCAAGAGAACUUGUUGAGGAAGUUUUGGAUGAGUUAGACCACUGCGUUCCAUUGCUGGAAAUAUAUCCAAUAGAUGGUCAGGAUUCUGCUGUGUGCAGCAUUGCUGAAGCUCUGGAAAAUGUUAGAUUCUUUUAUGAUUUUCUAUGGAGAGACUGGGAUGAUGAGGAAGGCUGUGAAAAUUACACUGCACUGAUAGAGGAACGUAUACGUUUAUUUUAUGAUAUUCAAGAUGGUACAAUACCAGGUCCUGUAGGGCAACGUUUUAAAAGAACUCUGGAAAAAUACAGAAACAAACGUACAGAGCUGAUUGAGUACCAGAGCAAUAUAAGAGAAGAUCCAUCAGCAGCUGAAGCAGUGGAAUGUUGGAAAAAAUACUAUGAAAUCUUAAUGAUCUGUGGAUUAUUAAAAAUCUGGGAAGAUUUGCGUCUUAGAGCACAUGGACCUUUUUUCCCACGAAUACUGCGACGUCGGAAAGGCCAACGACCUUCUGGAAAAAUUGUGACUCAUAUUGUGGCAAACAUGAUGACAGCUGACAUGGUUAAGGACUUCUCUGCUAAUACACUGAUCCAACAACAUGAUAACUUAGAUGCAACCUUGGAUAAUUGUUUCAGUGGUGACACAGUAGUUAUUUUUCCUGGGGAGUAUCAUGCUUCAGGAUUCGGAAUGCUAACAGAUGAUAUCAUUAUUAGAGGGGCUGGAAGUCGAGAAGAGGUCAUAAUCUUUUCAGAUCCUACACAAGACAAUUUUGUGGCGUCUAAGUCCCAAAACAUUAGCUUAAUUCACCUUACAUUAGUACAGAGGGGAACUACUGACGGCAUUGUGGUAGUAGAAUCAGGUCACAUGAUACUUGAAGACUGUCUUUUGAAAUGCGAAGGCACUGGUGUUUGUGUUCUCACAGGAGCAGCUUUAACCAUGAAAAACUGUGAAUUGACCGGAGCUCAGGGUCCAGGAGUGGAGCUAUAUCCAGGAAGUGUUGCCGAUUUAGAAGGAAAUGAUAUACACAAAUGCAGUAAUGUUAAAAGUUCUGAUGCCCUCAAGAGCAUGUUGGGUGGAAUUAAGAUGAAGGUUCUGCCACCACCAAAACUGAAACUCCAUAAUAAUUACGUUCACUCCAAUAAUGGCUAUGGUAUUACCAUAAUUCAGCCAGAUGGUAGACAUUGCCACGAUGCAGAUGAAGGUGUAUUGGAGUGUGCUGCAGGAGGUGACAAAGGAGACGAUCUUUUGAAAGCUAUGCAGAAUUUGAGUCUUGAAAUGAAUAAUAAUAAAUUUGAAAACAAUUCAAUGGGAGAAAUAGGUGUAAUUGUUUGUUAAUUAUGCUAAUAUGAAGUACUACAGGGUUAGAAAUCCUGAUCAAUUUGCCUUGAGCCAAACUCAGAUUUAUAAUUCUGAGUUGGCAAUUGUUUCAUCUUUUUAUUUGCAGAAAGUACAUUGUUUAAGAAAGGAAUACAGCUCAGAUAUAAAUUCAAAACAAAUCAAAAAUAUAGUUCAGUAUACAAAACUAUGUAAACUAACUUCUCUGUCACUAUGUCGGGAAGUUCCUUAAUCUGUGCUUUAAACUUGUUUAAAUUUCCAGCUUUCUGCCGCAAGCUUUAGGAAAAAAUAUAUAUAUUUAAAGCUGAUUGUUUACUUGCAACUUCCCUUUGCCACCUGAGUUUAUGGUAUUCCCACACGCAUUUGAUUCAGUUUAUAUUUAAGAGCAGAAAGGUUGAACAUUUAGAAUUUGUUACAAACAUAUACAAAGGCAUUGAAAUGGUACUGAUGUUCAGAAGGGGGAAAAAAAAACAAAGAAUGGCUCAGAUUCAUCCACACAGACAUAACCUGAAGCCCUGACACUUAAUAAAGGUCUUUGCAGCCUAACAUCUAAAAGUACUAACCAUCAACCAAUGAAAUAAUGUACUUUUCAGUACAGUUUGUAGUUAUUUAAGGGUAUAAUGGAGUAUGUACUUAUUUCAUUAAAUGAUGUUUGAAUUGCAGUGUCUUUUGAGAUUACCUUAUGAGCAAUGUAUUUAGAAUUACAAACUUUCAAAAUUAUUUACAAAUUUGAAAUAAAUCUGUAUCAAUAAGUCUUACUGAUUUAAAGCUGCUUUAUUACAUUAUCUACUGCUGACAUCUAAAAUGCAAGUGAUUAUAAUUGAUAAUAAACUGAUUUUUGAAUUCAAAUGAUAAUUGUUUCUGUAAUAUCACAGGUACACUACAAAUGUCAAAUGAAACUUAAUGAUGUAGAUCCUGGAUUAUAUUUUAAAAUCAUCUCUCAACUCUUCUAGCAAGAACAGGCAAUGGCAUUGCUGAAUGAAUACUGCAAACAUUUACAUAAGAUACUUAAUUGGUUCAACCACAAGAAACUGAUACUACAGAUAAUGCCCAGUUUAGCUGAAGAUUGCAAUUUCAUCAAUUUGUUGACCGGUCAUUACCAAUUUAAUUAAACAAGAACAGUCAUGGAAUUCAAAAUUAGAGAAAAAAACUACUGCUUAAUUUAUUGAAUCAAGAUAGAAUUAACCAGAACAUUAUGCUUUCAAAUAUUUGAUUCAUAAGUCAACCCCUUUAACAAUACAGAACAUCCAACAGUAGAGCACAGCACAUCCCUUUGGCCCAUGGAAUUGUGCUGACCUUUUGACCUACAAUAAAUCUAACCCUUCCAUCCUACACAGGCCUCCAUUUUUUUUACAUCCUGGUAGUGUUCUACACACCCACCAUCCUCUGUGUAGGGGAAAAAAACUACCACUGACAUCCCUUCUAUACUUGCCUCCAAUCACCUUAAAAUUAUGGCCUCUCAUAUUAGCCAUUUCUGCCCUGAGAAAAAGGCACCGAUUAUUCAUUCUAUGCCUCUUAAACACAUCAACUGACCUCUCAUCCUCCUCUGCUCCAAAGAGAAAAGCCAUAGCUCAGGUAUGAAAUAAGGGAUUGUAGUCUGAAAUUAGGAACUAUGGCUGGAUAUAAUUAGGCCUCGAGUUGGGAUUUUAAUCUAGUGUGGUCUUACAGCUAGGCUAGACCUGCAGUUGAGGCCUUAGUUUACAACUGGAGUGAGAAUAUGGAGUUGACAAUGAGCCUAGAAUAGUGGCUAGGGGUUGAAGCUUGAUUAAAAACUUGAAACUGUCACUUGUGGUUGUCCCUAUAUGUGAAAUUGGAGACCUCAGUUGGUGACUAAUGUCUGGAGAUUGAGAAUGGACUUAUGGUGAAGUUAGCAUUGUGAAAAGUCUGCAGUAGCAGGGUUAGACAGCAAGACAGAAAUAGGCAAUGGGUGACUGGGUUGGGCCUGUGGUUUAGGCCUCAUGUUGGUGUCUGUGAUUGAGGAUAAGAUUGCAAUUGGGUCUGCCUAACUUGGUGUUAGACCAUAACAUAUAAGAGCAAGCUUAGGCUAUUCUUCCUAUUGAAUUUGUUUUGCAAUUUAAUUUUUGCUGUUUUUACCCCCAAUCCCAUUCUCCUGUCUUCAUCCUGUAACACUUAACCCAUUUACCAAUCAAGAAAUUAUCAAUCUCUGCAUUACAUGCACCCAAUUAUUUGAUCUCCACAUCACUCUGUAACAACAAAUUCCACAGAUUCGCCAUCCUCUGGCUUAAUCUCUAUUCUUGGACACUCCUACUAGUGGAAUAUCUUUUCUAAAUUCACACCAUCUAAACCUUCCAAAUCAAGUACCUCAAGGGUAGUUGAUAUUGUUGACAAUUAAAUUCUAAAAUUUUUGCUGAAUUAUAAUUUACUUAUUGAAAGCUACCAGAUUCUGUAAGACCUGGAGUGAUAGAGAGAGAAAGUGUGAGUGAAAGAGACUGAGAGAGAGAAAAUGAGUGAGUGCAUGUAUUAUGGAUAAACCACUUAAUAUUCAUUGGAAGUAACUAGAAUCUAUAAAUAUGGAUCAAGUAAAUACUUUGAAAAGUUUCAGCCAGUCUUCUAAUGUGGCUUGGGUUGACAUGUUCCUAACUACCCUAUUAACUUUACCAAGAAACUUGGUAAAUUGUUUAAUGGGAAAUUUGGAUAAGUACAUGGAUGCAAAGCUAUGAUCUGGGUGCAAGUCAACGGGACUAGGCAGUUUGAAUGGUUCGGCUUGGGCCAAAUGGCCUGCUUUUGUGUAGUUUUCGAUUACUAUAACUGUAAAUUAUAUAAAAGUUAGAAAUAUAAAAUCACAAGGACAGAAAAAUGUUAAGUGUCUGGCAAAAUUGUAGUACAACAUUUUCAGAUUAGGCAAAUCUCAGAUUCCCUAGAAGGAUAACCUGCUGGAAAAGCUGGAAGCAAUUCCUUUUCAGGGAGACUUGCAAGGAAAUUGUGGGGAAUGGAUCUUUAAAAUGCAAUGAUACAGAAAAUAAAUUGAAAAGUUGUGUAUCAUCUGAUGGAAUCAAAAGUCACUAUACCUAUGCUUCUCGGGACAUAGAGACCACUCUAUUGUGCCUACCCUGAUAACUUUAAUGCUGCAAACAGGGGUAAAGUUGUAGCUGCCUCAGCACCUUUCCAAUUAUUUACUAUCACCCAGCUUUAAGGGAAACCAAAAUUGAUUGUCUACCACGAAGUCAACAUUGAAUGUAAAAAUUUUAAAAAAGGCUUUGGUUUCCACUGAACCUCUCUUAAAUACACAUUGCCACAGCAAUGACCAUGAAUCAUUUGAGGUCCAUACACGAUAAUGCCUAGAUCUCUUCUUCAAACUGUUAUGAAUGUACCACAGCUCUGAGGGGCCGAAGGGUGCGGGGUAGCCCCCUCCUUUGUGAGAAUCACAAGAUCACUAUUGAUUUGGGUCAGGAGACCCAGGAAAUGAGGGAGAGACGUGCAGGAUGUCACGUUUCUCCCCCCCUCCCCCCCCAUAGCGAUGUAAAGCUACGGGACAUGGCCAUUGUCUCCGGAAGACCAAGUUGUGUAUUGAGUACUGUACUAUUCAUUGAAGCCCCUCAGGGGAUGACCAGAGUGGCUGGUUGAGGGAUUGCAUCAUCCCAACCUGACUGACAUCUGAGACCCCGUGAGGAAGUAUAAAAGAGGGUCUGGGGAACAACCCCUUCAGACGCACCAGAAGAAACGCUAGCGAUCCCGUAAUAGCGGGAAGCCAUUUGAAGGAAGCCACGAAGGAGGCCUUGCCUGGGGCCUGGUGGCUGGUACCACGGAAAACGACUUGGAACUAACAACGGGGAACCAACACCCCCGACGCAACGGAUUGGCCUCAUAAAAGUCCCGGGCAAGUUUAAAACCAUCUCUCUUAAACCCAAAAAGCUGCAGCUUGAAAGGACAGUGACUUUUAUCUUUCCAUCAGACAAUACAAUAUCCCCUAGACCAGGGGUCAGCAACCUUUACCACUGAAAGAGCCAUUUGGACCUGUUUCCCACAGAAAAGAAAACACUGGGAGCCACAAAACCCGUUUGACAUUUAAAAUGAAAUAACACUGCAUACAAUGUUUUUUUUUGCCUUUAUGCUAUGUAUAAACAAACUAUAAUGUGUUGCAUUUAUGAAAUCGAUGAACUCCUGCAGAGAAAACGAAAUUACAUUUCUGUAUGCAACAAAAGCAUUUUGAACUCUGAAAAAAAGACGUUGGGUUGAAGGUUACUUUUAAGUUAAAUACUCAAUGUCUAUUUGAGUCCUUCUUGUAUUUAUGAAAAACGCCGAACUUAAAUUUUCCGCCAGCAGCAAACCAAAAAUAAUGUCAGCCAGCUGUCAACCUGAAAAAUAAAAGGACUAUUUCACUGAACAAUGAAAAAAUAUGAAUAUACGUAAAAUAAUAGGCAAUUAAAAUAUUUAUCAUACUUGGUUAAUGGGAUUUCUGCUCCUGGACCUCAGCGCACAGCGUCUGCACAUCAGGGCUGUAUGACGUCACCUUCAUCUUUACACAGGAUCGCAAGCUGUCAUCUGUGAGGCGUGCACUAUGUUUGUUUUUAAUAAAGUUCAUGUUGGAGAACACCUGCUCACAUACAUAUGUGGAUCCAAAGAUCGACAGGACUCCAAGCGCAUACUUUUUAAUGUUUACAUAAAUGUCGGGGAUAGCAUUCCAUGUUUCAAACACAAGUUUGUCCGGUUUAGGAAGGUUUUCAAUAUCACUCCAUUUGUGAUUCUGAGCAAGAACGGCCUUCUGACGGGCAACAUCUUCAAGGUCUGCUGUCAAGCGUCUAAACUUGGACACCCAUAUGUCUUUGUCGGCUAUGUUGGCCAGUUCCAUCUCAAGAUCAGGUUGACUCACACCUGCCAAUGCAGUCAUAUUCAGUAGGGAUGGAUCGAUGCUUAGGGGAGUGACCGGGAAGGAUAAUGUGUUUUUUUCCUCUCUGAACUCACAGAAGCGUUUCCCAAACUAUGUUUGCAUUGCGAUGAUUGCAGAAUGUAAAUACUCCGAAUUUAUCAUGUCGUGACCUUGUUUGAACUCUCUCAAAUUGGGGAAGUGAGACAAUGUGCCUUUCUGUAAAUCUCUGGCAAGCACUGUCAACUUGUGCUCGAAUGCCAAAACAUCCUCCAACAUGUGUAGGGCUGUACGUCCUUUCCCCUGAAGAGCUGUGUUCAGCGUGUUCAGGUGCGCUGUCAUGUCUACCAUGAAGUGUAGAUUUUCCAGCUACUCUGGCUGUUCCAGCUCAGGAAAGGUGAGCCCUUUGCUGCCCAGGAAAGUUUUCAUUUCUUCCAGACACGCGACAAAGCGUUUCAGAACCUCCCCUCUGGACAGCCAGCGAUAAAAACACGUUGUAGCUAUGUGCUACACGCAGUCAGUAAACUGCAGUCAAAGAUAACUUUAUUCGAACUAAACAGCCUUGCUUUUAAGCCUCCCUCAACCCGCCCCCCCCCCCAUGGGCGCGGAUGCUCCAAAAGACACAUACUCACAAACCCCUGUAGGCUAUCUCCCUUAGCCGGAACGCUGGCUAAUUGUGAGCCGGUUCAGGUGUGCCAGGAAAUGGGUCGCCACAACGUUUUAUUUAGAUUGUACAAGAUCACCAUAAUCUUCAAAUUUAGAAUUACAUUUCAAAAACUAACAAACUAACAUAAAAUACAUUUUAAAUACUCACCAUUUAUUUUCCAAAGCCACAGGGAGCCGCAGCACAGAGAUGAAAGAGCCGCGUGUUGCUGACCCCUGCCCUAGACAAACGAUAGAGCUAUUGCUUAAUUGAUGAUUAUUAUUAUACCCGCGUUUUUAGAUUGAGUAUUGACGACGUAUAUUAUCUGAAUGUCUGUAUUAAUCUUAUCUUUGUGCCCCUUUAUAAAUAAAGACUUUUAAAAAUAGUACCAUCAGACUUCAACGGACCUCUCUAUCUUUGCUGGUAAGUGAUCCAGUUACGUGAAUUUCGUAACAAAACAAUCUUUUAGUCUGAAGAAUGCCCAGAUGCGCAACACUCACACUGUCUUUGUGAAUAGUAUUUUUUAAAUCUUUUCCACUCUGAAAUUCUAGUAUCCACCACUGACCAGUUACAUCCAAUCCCCUGCAGAUAAACAUCUGCUUAUAGUGGUCAAGCCAAAUCUAACCCUGACUGUUACAUGCUUCUCAGUAUAAUGAACAAAUAAAACAUUUUGUUCUAAAACUCAGACAUUGAUCAUUAAUAAAAUACUAACAAUGGGCCCAAUAACAAACCCUAAAUGGCUCCACUGAUGACCCAUUCUCAACCAGCAGAUUAUCAAGGGUAUAUCAUGGCCACACAAAGACCAAUGAAAUCUAUGACCAGAUAAACUUCAGUAAUAUGGAAUGAGGAAUAAGCAUUGGUCAAAAUACUGGUGCAAGUGAAAUUUUUGUUGGUACAGAAUACUUGCUGUAUUCCCUUGACUCACUGGCACAGGACUCACGACUGGCUGUAGUAAUGUUUAUAAAAUCCAUUCAUUUUAAUAUAAGGUAAUAACUUUAACAUAAGGCAUUGUGA